AUGUCUUCAAAUAACCUCACUCGUGCCGAGGUGGCGAAACAUACCACCGAGGACUCUACCUGGAUCAUCAUCGACCACAAGGUCUAUGAUCUGACCGACUUCGUCGACGCCCAUCCCGGCGGCGAGUUCGUCCUCAAGCAAGUCGCCGGCCAGGACGCAACAGAGGCGUUCUACAACCUCCAUCGCCAAGAGGUCCUCCAGAAAUACUCCGACCUUUGCAUCGGCACCCUCGAGAAUGAGAAGCCAGAAGUUAUUGAGAAAAAAGCAGGCGACCUAAGCCUUGUCCCAUAUGGCGAGCCGACAUGGUUGAGACCCGAGUUCCACAGUCCUUACUACAAUGAUUCGCAUCGUAGGCUUCAAAAGGCGAUUCGGGAGUUUGUAGACAAAUACGUCACCCCCGAAGCCGAAGAGUCUGAGCGGACUGGCGCACACAUUAGCCAGGAGCUCAUCAACCGUAUGUCAGAAGCUGGUAUUCUCCACAUGCGUAUAGGUCCUGGAAAGCACAUGCACGGUGUUAAGUUACUUGGUGGGGUUAUGAUGGGCGACGAGUUUGACUACUUCCACGACUCCAUCGUCGGACAGGAGCUGGCCAGACCGUUCCAGAGAGGGUUCCAAGAUGGCAACAUGGCAGGCAUGACGAUUAGUUUAACAGCCGUUAUUAACUUCGCCAAUAACGAGGAGUGGAAGAACAAGAUUGCACAAGAGUGCUUCAGCGGCAAGAAGAAGAUCUCCCUCGCGAUCACCGAGGCCUUCGCUGGCUCAGAUGUUGCCGGUAUCCGCACCACCGCCUUCAAGACUCCAGAUGGAAAGCAUUACAUCGUCAAUGGCACGAAGAAGUGGAUCACCAACGGCGUGUGGUCGGACUACUUUGUCACCGGCGUCAAGACCGACAAGGGUCUCUCCGUACUACUCAUCGAGCGCGGCCCGGGCGUCGAGACAAAGGCCAUCAAGACCACCUACUCCGCCGCCGCAGGAACCACCUUCAUCACCUUCGACAACGUCAAGGUGCCCGUCGAGAACCUCCUCGGCGUCGAGAACAAGGGUAUCCAUGUCAUCCUGUCCAACUUCAACCACGAGCGCUGGAUGAUGGUCAACUCCGUCCUCAGAUGGUCGCGUACCGUGACGGAGGAGUGCAUGAAGUGGGCGGCGCAGCGUGUCGUCUUCGGCAAGAAGCUCAAUGAGCAGGCCGUUGUGCGCGCGAAGCUCGCGAAGAUGAUUGCCCACGUCGAGGCCAACCAGGCCUGGUUGGAGAAUAUCACGUUCCAGAUGACCAAGAUGCCAUAUUCGGAGCAGGCCAAGCACUUGGCUGGCCCGAUUGGCCUGCUCAAGAUGUUUGCCACGAGGAGUGCGCACGAGAUUGCCGAUGAGGCGGUGCAAAUUUUCGGUGGUAGAGGGUUGACACAGACGGGAAUGGGCAGGGUGGUCGAGGCGUUCCACAGGACGUAUAAGUUCGAUGCUAUUCUGGGUGGCGCAGAGGAGGUCCUGGGUGAUCUUGGAGUUAGACAGGCGAUGAAGCAGAUGCCGAAGAGUAUGUUGUAA